AUGUCUGGAAAACCAGUCUGUGUUGGUGAUUUUGAACAAUACGCCAAGAGAGUUCUUCCAAAAGCAGUGUACGACUAUUACCGAUCAGGAGCAGACAAUCAACAAACAUUAGCAGAUAAUGUAGCAGCAUUUUCAAGAUUGAGGCUGUACCCACGGAUGCUCAGGGAUGUGUCUGUUAUGGACCUGUCCACCUCUGUCUUCGGGCAGAAAAUCAGCAUGCCAAUAUGUGUCGGAGCAACUGCCAUGCAGCGCAUGGCUCACGUGGAUGGAGAAACAGCUACCGCCAGAGCUUGCAGGUCGCUGGGGACAGGGAUGAUGCUCAGCUCCUGGGCCACCUCCACCAUCGAAGAAGUUGCCCAGGCGGCUCCUGAUGGCCUUCACUGGCUGCAGCUUUAUAUCUACAAGGACCGGGAGGUCACCAGGUCACUCGUGCAGCGUGCUGAGAGAGCAGGCUACAAAGGAAUCUUUGUGACGGUGGACACGCCACUCCUUGGCAAGCGCUUUGAUGAUGUACGCAACAAAUUCCAGCUCCCCCCGCACCUCAGAAUGAAAAAUUUCAACACCGACAAUUUGGCAUUUUCCUCCGAGAAAGGCUACGGUGAAAAUAGUGGACUGGCUGUUUAUGUGGCCCAAGCGAUUGAUCCGUCCAUCAAGUGGGAGGAUAUUAAAUGGCUCAGAGGACUAACAUCUCUGCCGAUCGUCGCUAAAGGAAUUCUCCGAGCUGAUGAUGCUAGAGAAGCUGUGAAGCACGGUGUGGAUGGGAUCCUGGUGUCAAACCAUGGUGCGCGCCAACUGGAUGGUGUGCCAGCAACUAUUGAUGUCUUGCCGGAAAUUGUUGAGGCUGUGGAAGGGAAGGUAGAGGUGUUCCUGGAUGGCGGAGUGAGAAAAGGCACGGAUGUUCUCAAGGCAUUAGCUCUUGGUGCCACAGCAGUGUUCAUUGGAAGACCUAUCAUCUGGGGGUUGGCUUAUCAGGGUGAAGAAGGGGCAAAAGACGUUCUCCAGAUGCUGAAGGAAGAAUUCCAGCUAGCAAUGGCACUUUCUGGAUGCCAGAGCGUGAAAGGGAUUGACACGACAUUGGUACGAAGAACUUCCCCUGCUGUGUCCAAGAUUUAG